UUAUAUAUAUUAUUUAAAUUAGUUUUUCGCAACCAAAUUGGCGCAUUGAACGCAGCUGGAGAACAAUGCUAAAAGCCCAGAGCCGAUCGCUACUGCUGAAGAAAGCAGCAUAUCCUGUGGCCUGGCGUCGCAACUGGGCCGAUACAUCCAACAUAACGGGUGUCAAUGCGUUCAUGGCCAAAGGAGACAUACGCACAGAGAGUGUGAGUGUGUUGCCCAAAACCCAAUACGGCGGAAUUACGCACGUAACUUUGCUGUGUGGCGAAACCAUCAUUGGUAAAAUGGGCGCCAAAUAUGUAAAAUCGCUGAUGAGCAGCUCUCGCGUCCCAGUGGAUACACAGCGCAUCUUUGUGGAUCAGGGCGACGAGUAUUUUAAUUCGGUGCUGCGCAACCGGGCGGCGAUACAUGUGGAUAUUGUGCACGAUGCACAGCAUAAGAAGCAAUCACUCAAAAUGUGCAACGAUCUGGAUCUGUAUGUGUUCCUGACGAACCUGCGAACCUUUCCCGGCUUCAAUUGUCGCUUCCCCGAUGUUGACAUUCAGUUGAUUGCCCAGAACAAUAAGGGUAAUUACGCGGAACUGGAGUACUCGCCCGUCGAGGGAGUCGUUGAGGGACUGCGUGUCGUUGUCAGUUCGGACAUUGAGCGAUUUUUAAGAUUUGCCUUCCGGGAGGUAAUGGCGAAGAAGCGCCAAAAAGUGACCCUUGUGCACAAAUCAUCCGAGUGGCCAAAGACGGAGGGCGUUUUGCUCGAUAUGGCUCACCAUCUUCAGAAGACGGAAUUUCCGGAUAUUAAGCUAGAGCCGAUGGAGCUGGACAAAUGCGUUGCCCGCUUAAUAGUCGAUCCGCAGUAUUUUGAUGUACUUGUGACCAGUGAUCUCUACGGCACGUUCAUGGCCACCAUUUGUAGCGCCAUUUGUGGGGGCGCCAAUCUCUUCUCCUCGACUGAGAUCGGCGAACAUCAUGCGGUCUUCAAGCCGCUGCAAACGAAAUUAUCGCUAACCAACUACAAGGUACUCAGUCCGUAUGGCAUUGUGUCCACCUGUGUGGAUCUGAUGCACCAUCUGGGUCACGAUGAUUGCGCAAAUGCGCUUUGGCGCGAAAUGAUUCGCACCAUGAACGAGGGCAUUAAAACUGUCGAUUUUAAAGGCACCGAUCGAGGCGAAUAUGUUAUUUGCAACAUUAUGAACAAGCUGCUGUGCAACAUGUUUACUGGAAUGAAAGAUUAAGCAGAUCAAUGUCGCACUACAUUUAUUUUGAACAGUUUAGGAUUAUAAUCAAACAACUAACAAUAACAAACAGAAUUAAAGUGGAAUAAUCAAAAAUUGCGUCUCG